UUUGGUGUAAUUUCCACAUCGAAGGAAAAAUUAAUGGAAUUUCUCAAAAUCCCAAAACAAAUCCUCCUCAAAAAGACAAUUUCUCUUUCUCUCUCUUUCUUUCUUCAUGCCAUGAAAUUCUCAAGCUCUCAUUUGGGGGAGAAAUCCCAUCAUAAUCGCCUUUCACAGAGAGAGAAAUGGGGUUGGUUUACUCCUCUGUUAUGGUCUUUCUUAGGAAUGACCGCCAUUGUUUCCUUCUUUUUCUUCUCCUUCUCUUCUCUUUCCCCUCCAAACCCAUUUCUUGUUCUUCGUCCAAAGCUUCUCGGCCUUCAAUCCGUCGUCCAUGAUCCCAUCGCCAGCCCUCCAAAAGAAAAACAGAGGUGCAAUUUGUUCAAAGGGAAUUGGGUGAAGGAUGUAAAAGGGGCAGUGACGUACACAAAUUGGAGUUGCCCGACGAUUCCUGAAUCGAAAAAUUGCUUUAAACAGGGGAGAAAGGAUGCGGGUUUUGUGAAUUGGAGAUGGAAGCCAGAUGAAUGUGAGCUUCCGAGGUUUGAUCCAAUGGCAUUUCUUCAUCUUCUUCGUGGGAAGAAACUCGCAUUUAUCGGUGAUUCUGUUGCUAGAAAUCAUAUGGAAUCUCUUCUAUGUAUCUUAUCACAGGUAGAAACUCCAGAAGAUGUAUACAAAGACUCAGAAGAUAGGUUUAGAAGAUGGUAUUUUCCAAAAAGUGAGGUAACUCUUAUGGUGCUUUGGACAAAAUUCCUUGUGGCUGGAGAGGAGAGAUUUGUCAAUGGAACGGGAACUGGAGUUUUUGACCUACAAUUCGACAAGCUCGACGAUGGCUGGACACGACACCUACCCGACAUCGACUACGCCAUCAUCUCCAAUGGCCAUUGGUUUUUCCGAGUGUUGUACUUGCAUGAAGAAGAUGCCAAAAUUGCAAACUGCAUCUAUUGCAGUGAUCCAAACGUCACAAAUUAUGAUCCCGACUUCGCCUUGAAAAUGGCUUUUCGAGCAGCUCUUAAGUACAUCAACAAUUGCAAAAGCUGUGGUAAGUUGGUGACAUUUGUAAGGACAUUCUCGCCUGCUCAUUUUGAGAAUGGGGUUUGGAACACGGGUGGGUAUUGUAAUAGAACCCGACCCUCGAGUGCAAAGGACAUGAAUUUAGAGAGCUUCGAUUGGAAGAUGAGGGAGGUUCAAAUAGAAGAGGUUGAAAAGGCAAAACAAGAAGCUGGGGAGGCAGGGAGGAGAUUCGAGGUAAUCGACGUGACGACGGCGAUGAUGAUGAGAGCGGACGGGCACCCGGGGGAGUUUUGGGGAAACAAAUGGAUGAAAGGGUACAAUGACUGUGUACAUUGGUGUUUGCCAGGCCCCAUUGAUGCUUGGAAUGAUCUUUUGAUGGCUCUUAUCACAAAGGAGGCUGCUAUGGAUUGAGAUAUAUUCUUUUUUAAUACACAAUCAUUUCAUGGUCUAAUUAUUCUAAUAAUUUGUUUCCCAAUUUUGUUAUAUAUGAAUUUUGGGGAUGCGAUUGCAAAUAUGUAGCUCAGAAAGUAUACAAAUAUAAUAAAUAUUAUUAAUUGAUUUUCAAAUA